GAUUGCCAACUAUACACAUCUAUCUCUCUUUCACCACCCCAACUUCUCUCCCAUUUCUUGAAUCUCUAUAUCCAAUAUUAUUCUUUAAUUGAUGUGGUUAAUAUCUCAGAAAUGGCAAUCGCAGCCGCCAUUAUUCUUCCUAUUGGUCUUCUCUUCCUUUUAUCCGGCCUCAUUAUCAACUUCAUUCAGGCACUUCUCUUCAUUCUAGUUCGACCCUGUUCGAAAAACAUAUACAUAAGAAUCAAUAAAGAAGUUACAGAAUUGUUAUGGUUGGAACUCAUAUGGCUUUUCGACUGGUGGGCAAAUGUUAAGGUUGAGUUAUACACAGAUCAAGAAACUUAUGAUUUGAUGGGAAAAGAGGAUGCACUAGUAAUCUCCAACCAUAGAAGUGACAUUGACUGGCUUGUCGGAUGGGUUAUAGCUCAGGUUUUGGGAUGGUCAAUGUGGUUUUCUGGUUAUAUUAGUCUUGAGAGAAGCUGGGCCAAGGAUGAAAACACCUUGAAGUCAGGCUUCCAACAGCUAAAUGAUUUCCACCAACCUUUUUGGUUGGCUGUUUCUGUAGAAGGAACUCGCUUUACGCACACAAAGCUUUUAGCAGCCCAAGAAUAUGCUACUUCUGCAGGAUUACCUAUCCCAAGUUAUUUGAUAUUUGUACUUGUGAGAGAAAACAUUGUACAAUGUCUGGAGGAAUACGUCGGAUUUAUGGGCUUCUGUUAUUAAAAAGAGAACUGCACUCCAACAGCUGAAGCUGAAGUUGAAGCUUUUUGCAGAAUUGCAGUCUUAAAUGAACAGCUCACCUACCUCGAUGAGUGGGCUUCAAUUGAAAGGGAUCAUACCAGUUCAGUAUCCCAUGCUAUACAAGAUCUACAGGCAUGCACUCUCCGUCUUCCAAUAAUUGGACUAGCAAUAGCAAUAGCAAAUUGGACCAAAUGGUGUUGUCUUUUACUAUCAGGCUUUGUACAAUCCUCAAUUGUUGUUUGAGAUAAGGGAAGUGAGAGAGCUGAUAUUAGAGAGAUAGAAAAGUCAUUAGCUAUAGUUUUCUGUAACAGAGCCGAUAGCUACGUUCUGCUAGAAUCAUUUUAGUUUGUUGAUCAGCAGAAGUUGCAACUUUUAAUUGUUUGACAAAUGUAGAGAUUCUCUUUGCACAUUUUCUGUUAGUGUUAUACUGAGCGUCGAUUUUUGAAAAUAAUAUUGAUUUGACAGAAUGAA